GGAGAGAGAUAUUUUGCAAAGUCUGGGACCCGUUUAAAACUCUUCUGCGUACGACUAGCGCUCGGAGGAGAGACGUGAGUGCGGUGCUUGCGACGAAGCUGUGGACGGAUCUUUUCAACAUUUUUAUUCCGAGCGAUCCAACAACAAGAAAUGCGGAGCUUUUAUUUGACUUGAUUCGAGGCAGCUGCAAUGCAACUACUAGUCCUCCACUAAACCGCGAAAGUUUUUCUAUAUAUGUUAUCGUACAGUGUUUAUGGCUUUAUAACUUUGAAACAGUCGAGAGAGCUGCUCGCGAGCCCUAAAUCCCAGUGCGUGGGCGGGCGAGGGCGCUAGCGGCGAUGGGAGCCCCAGCACAGAUCUCCAGCGCGCGCGCUGCCCGCGGCAUUGCAAUCCUGGAAUCGCCGAGGUCUCUGCUCGCCGGCGCCAGGGCGGCGAGGAUCAGCAGCGGCGCCGUCGCGAGGAAGCUGGGAUUGGUCGCGACUCGCCACAUUCUUGGCGGAUCUCUCCAUCGCGGCGUCGCCGCCAAGCCUCCAUGCGCCAUCGCGGUGGAAGGUUCGGAUAUUUCGGUACGCUCCCAGGCGAUCGAGGUGAUGUCCAAGCCGACGGUGCUCGUGGCCGAGAAGCUCGGCGAGGCGGGCCUGGAGCUCCUCCGCAAGGUCGCCAAUGUGGAUUGCUCCUAUAAUCUCUCGCCCGAGGAUCUGUGCGCCAAGAUCUCGCUGUGCGACGCCGUAAUUGUGAGGAGCGGCACCAAGAUCACGCGGGAGGUGUUCGAGGCUUCCAAUGGGCGGCUCAAGGUCGUGGGGCGAGCUGGGGUGGGCAUCGACAAUGUGGACUUGCAAGCCGCCACCGAGAUGGGCUGUUUGGUCGUCAACGCUCCCACUGCCAACACCGUCGCCGCUGCCGAGCAUGGGAUCGCUCUCCUCGCUGCGCUCGCUAGGAACGUCGCCCAAGCCAACGCGUCGGUGAAAUCAGGGAAAUGGCAGAGAAAUAAGUUCACUGGUGUUUCGCUCGUCGACAAGACCAUCGCGGUGCUGGGCUUUGGGAAAGUUGGAUCGGAAGUCGCGCGACGAGCUAAAGGUCUGGGAAUGCACGUCGUUGCUCACGAUCCGUAUGCUCCGGCGGACAGAGCUCGGGCCAUCGGAGUGGAGCUUGUUAGCUUUGACGAGGCUCUGGCGCGCGCCGACUUUAUCUCGCUCCAUAUGCCGCUUACCCCCGCCACCAACAAGAUCUUCAACGAUGAGACGUUCGCGAAAGUGAAGAAGGGUGUUCGCAUCGUCAACGUCGCUAGAGGUGGCGUUAUUGACGAGAAUUCUCUGGUUCGAGCGCUCAACAGCGGCAUUGUAGCUCAGGCUGCUCUGGACGUGUUCACUAAAGAGCCUCCUGAGAAAGAUGACAAGCUAGUCCAGCACGAGAAUGUGAUUGUCACGCCGCAUCUAGGUGCAAGCACUGCCGAAGCACAAGAAGGCGUGGCUCUAGAGAUUGCCGAGGCUGUUGUGGGAGCUCUACAGGGAGAGCUAGCUGCCACUGCUGUGAAUGCUCCAAUGGUUCCAUCAGAGGUGCUAACCGAGCUCGCGCCAUACAUCACCCUUGCCGAGAGGCUUGGCAAGCUCGCCGUCCAGCUCGUCGCCGGUGGUGGUGGCGUGAAGGACAUCACAAUCAGCUACAACUCCGCUCGUGCUCCCGACGACUUGGACACUCGCUUGCUCCGUGCCAUGAUCGUCAAGGGCCUCGUGGAGCCCGUGUCCGACACUCACAUCAACCUCGUAAAUGCCGACUACGUCGCCAAGCAGCGCGGCCUCCGGAUCAGUGAGGAGAGGCACCCGGCCGAAGGCACAGAGGCGGCGCCGCUGGAGAGCAUCGAGGUGAGGAUCGCAAACGUGGAGUCGAGGUUCUCCAGCGCCAUGUCCGACUCCGGGGACGUGAGCCUGGCCGGGAGGAUCAAGGACGGGGUGCCGCACCUCUCGCAGGUUGGGAGCUUCUCCAUCGACGUGAGCUUGGAGGGAUCGGUCAUUCUCUGCCGGCAAGUGGAUCAGCCGGGGAUGAUCGGGAAGGUUGGCGGGCUUCUGGGCGACGAGAACGUGAACAUCAGCUUCAUGAGCGUGGGGAGAACUUCGCCCCGCCAGAAGGCGGUGAUGGCGAUCGGCGUGGACGACGAGCCGAGCAAGGAGGUGCUGCAGAAGAUUGGAAGCAUUUCAGCGGUGGAGGAGCUGGUGUUUCUCAAGCUGUAGCAGCUGGUAGAAGGAAAGAAAUAGGGAGAGAUCGGAUUUGAUCGAGCUACGUUUUGGGAAUAAUGGAGGUAUGUUUAGCUAUGGCGGCGCCGCUCCUGGUGUGGUGAUGAAUCAGUGAAAAUGGUGGGUUGUUUUGCUCCUCCCGUGAUUCUAACUGGAGAAAUCUAACUUGUGUUUUCAUUGUUUUCUCUGAUUGACAACAAUGGUGAUGCUCAUGUUUGGAAGGAAACUCUUUAAAACUCUAAAGAACACUCCUUUGUUC